CCUAUGCGUGCGUUGUUCGCCCGGACGUGUGCACUCUCAACGUAGUCUAAUCGGAUGUGCCCGGGAGCGAAAACUCGUAUCUCUCGUUGAUUUGCCUCCGCCGACUGCCGCCAUGCCGCCGAAAAGGCAAUUUGGCACGUACCUAUGGGACUCAUCCGUCGAAGUUCCCCCUCGUUCUAAACACAGAUUCCAGAAGCGGUCAUUUGGCACGGCUUUUGCGCCAGUCGCGAUGAGUGAGGAAGACAGCUCAGACGGAAGCGAUGCUCAGGCAGACGAAGCACACUGGUCGGCCCCUGCAGGCUCAGAUCAGUAUACCGAGCCACAUCGUGCGGAACACUACCCUUCGCAGUCAUGCGAUCCACCGCAAAAUCCAGUUGAAACUUCAUCCUCCGAUGGCAGCGGAUCAGAACCUGAUGCUGACUCUGAGCCAGACCACAGCGAGCGGCAGUGCAUGGAGGACUGCAAGGACGAGCUGGAUGAAGACCUGUUUCCAGGAUCCAAGGUGACAAGAGCUGAAAGCUUGUUGAUGGUAAUGGCUCACAGCCUGCGCCAUGGUUCUUCAAAGGAAGCCACAGAAAGCUUACUCCAGCUUCUGAGUGCUCAUUUGCCGGCAGGAGUGUCUUACCCAACAUCAAAGUACACCUUCUUUCGGCACUUCUGUGGUGCUGGCAAGCAAUAUGUAAAGCACUUUUAUUGCAGCAGAUGCAGUGCAUACAUCGGCGAACUGGUGCAAGCCGAAAAUGUGACAUGCAACCAGUGCAGCUUAGCACAUAUUGGUGAAACCUUAAUGAAAAGUUCAUCUUUUUUUCUUGUUAUGGAUCUAAAGAGCCAAAUCCGUGACAUCUUGGAAUCAAAAAGUCUGCAAGAAACCAAGAAAGCUGCAUCUUUUGAUGUGAGUGACAUUACUCAGAGUUAUCAGUACCACAAGUUGCCAUUGGGACCAAAUGAUGUCACUUUAACUUUUAAUACUGAUGGUGUGCCCCUUUUUGAAAACUCUAAAUCCAGUAUGUGGCCUCUGCUUGCAAUGAUAAAUGAGCUUCCCUACAAGCAACGUAUUGAGAACCUCCUGCUAGCAGGACUUUGGUUUGGUCCAGGAAAGCCAGCAAUGAACUGUUUUUUAAUUCCUUUUAUAAAGGCCAUGAAUGAGCUGUCAUCGAGUGGAAUUCUGUGGAACGACAAAGAUGGAGUGCAGCAGACGUCAAAGGUGUUCCCAGGUCCAUGUGCUGUGGAUAGUGUCGCUAGGUGUGAGCUGAUGAACAUGACUCAGUUUAAUGGUGCAUAUGGGUGUGCAUGGUGCGAAGACCAGGGACAAGUUGUUCCUAAAGGCAAGGGAUUUUGUCGCGUAUAUCCGCCAAGUGCCUCAACACCCAAGCUGAGAACACAUGAAUCCUUUCUUCGGCAUGCCAGAAAAGCUAAGGAAUCCCCAAGUUGCGGCAUCAAAGGAGCAAGCGCACUCACACAGCUUGCAUUUUUCAGAUUUGGUACAGGAUUUGUUGUGGACUAUAUGCAUGCUGUUUGUUUAGGAUUUGUUAGGGCUACAUAUUUCACGUGGCUGAAGUCUGAGCGCUGCCGAAAAUUUCAUCUUCGACGUAAUCUUGAGGAUGCAAACAGCUGUCUGUUGAGCCUCACUCCAACGUGGGAGCUGUCAAGGCUCCCGAGGUCAUUGCAUGAUGCAAAGGACUGGAAGGCUGCCGAGUGGAGAAAUUGGCUGCUAUAUUAUUCACCACUAGUACUGAAAGGGCGCCUUCCAGAAAAGUACUACAAACACUGGAUGCGAUUUGUGGAAAUUAUGCAUCACCUCCUUGGCCCGUGCAUCUGUGUUGAGCAGCUGGUCAUGAUGAAAAAAGAAAUGACACAGUUUCUAUUGGAGUAUGAGGAGUUUUAUGGUACAGAGUGCAUGAGUUAUAAUUCUCACUUGCUUACGCACCUUGUGGACAGUGUCAUCAACUGGGGACCCUUGUGGGCAUAUUCCCUCUACCCAUUUGAGUCAAUGAAUGGAACACUAGGUCGGCUUGUAUGUGGAACCAGGUAUCCGCAAUUCCAGAUCGCUGACAAAUUUUGCAUCUUACAGGCCCAAACUAAAUUGUGGUCAUCGAGACACAUAGAGAAAGUGCACAGAACUCUAGAGACUUCUUUCAAAGCUCUUGUGAAGGGCUACUCCUUGCGAAAAAAUGUCGUCAGAGUUGGUUCUGUGUUACUGCUAGGCAAGGGAGACCAGAAAGCAGACAGGAAAGAAUUUCACAAGAUGGUAAUUGGGUCAUUUCGUUUCUGCAUAGCACGUCUUGACAAAUCGAAAAGAAAAAAUUCUUACGUACACGCGAAUGGUGUUUUUGGGCGCAUUGUUCAGAUUUUUCUCAUGGACAGCAGCUCAUCAGUAAACAAUAGCCAGGAAGUGGAAGUUUGCAUGGAAAUUUUGAAUGUCAAGCAGAAAUUGCUGGACAACCUUUCUGAAAGUAAGGUCUUGCAGUUUGUUGAGGUAUUUCCUACUGUUCAGAGCUGUGUUGUCAAGGCAAGAUGCCUAGACAAGUGUAUUUUCUUAAAUGACGCGGGGUCACUUUUUUUUGUGCUUACUGCAUGACAACAUGGUACUGGAAUCCGUGUGAGUUUGUGACAAUUUCUUUUGUACAUGUCUUUGUUGAACGUACAGAAACGGGCCUGUCAGCUUCAAACUUAGCUGAACAGUUGUUUACAAAGAAGUGACUUGCGAGCUGAAAUUUGACGUGGAAAGGUUGACAAGGAGUGACAGAUUGUGUCCACUUCAUAUUUUGCAAUGACGACUUGAAAUAUGAAAUUCAAAUCGAAUAUUAAUACUUUCUUACUCUUGUGAAAGUCACUAAAGGAGCUAGCUGACAGCGUGUACAACCAUGUCAAACCCAUUGCUGAAAUUAUUUCACCACCACUUUUUGCUUCCAAACUUGCGGAUAGCUUCUGAGAAUCCAGUACCGACACAUUGCUUAUUCCUUAAUUAGAAUAAUUUGCUGAAAUGUUUUGAAAGAUCCACAUUUUUUCUGUGCAGUGCCUCUGCAGUGAAUUGUUUGCUUUGUUUCUUUGUGCACUCUGUUUCAGUGCCAUCUAGGAGUAAUUCAAAUUGCUUGUUAGGUGUCACUUGCUCUGAAAACUAGUUGCCGCUUGUCUCUUUUCAAUUGUAGUUCAUGAGUUGAGGUUGUUUGCAUGAUGCCUGUCGCUGCAUUGUGGAAAUUUUACCUGGCCAUACAUUGCACAAAUCAGUUUUUUUAUGGAGUCUUCGGUAUUUCAGUCUUUUGAGGGAGCAGCUAACAGAUUGAAGCUUUCUUUUGUUGAUACUGUACAGUAAUUAAUACAUGUGCCCCUACUUUCUCAUAUAGUCUAAGAACAUGUUUCAUCAUAGCACAAGAAAGAAGCACAUGACCUGAAACAAGUGUAUUGUUGUUACGUUCUACCGGCCAAAGGCCGGCAGCUACGCGAUGAAAUCCAGGCCGAUUCGCAGAGCAAAAAGACGGCGCUUUAUUUCCAGCUCGGAAAUAUAUAUAGAAGAGAAAAGAGAGAAAGAAAGAAAGAGGGACCAUAGACGCAUGCGCGGAGAGGCGCACGUGGCUCCGAAUAGGUUAUCUGCAGCAUUCCUUUCCCCUAGUAGCCGUAGCGCUCCACUGGCUUUCUGGUUCUUGUGGAACGACGAAGGUCAGGAACAGGCCUUUCGGGAGGGUCUUGAGCCUCGUUUAUCGGUGCCCGUAAGGUCGUCGGAGGCGAUUCCUCAGGACUUGAUAUUUCUCUGCUUCUGUCUGUGUCUGAUGAACGCUUCCGGAUCUGGUCGACAUGUCGUCGAACGACACCGUCCUCGGUAGCCACAGUGACUAAACGGGCACCACUCGUCGAUUGUACUUUGCCUGGUGUCCACUUUUCUCCUAUGCCGUAGUUGCGCACAUAGACGGCAUCUCCAGGGGCGAAGUACCAACUGGCGGAAUCAGCCGCUGGAUCCUUGGGCUUUUCGUGGCUCCUGGGAGGAAGACACAUAUCUAGUCUUGUACGCAAACGGUACCCAAGAAGAAGUUCAGACGGUGAAAACCCUGAAGCCUGUUGCGAAUUUCGGUAGUUACAAAGAAUUCUAGCCAAGGCAGUUUCCAACUCCACACCAGGCAUUCUCUUCAAGCCCUCCUUGAUAGUUCUCACUGCCCGUUCGGCGAGACCAUUGCUUUGAGGGUGAUAAGGCGGGGUGCGAAUAUGCUCGAUUCCAUUUUUCUGCACAAAUACAGCAAACUCUGAACCGGUAAAGGGCGUACCGUUAUCCGUAACUAUGCUGCGGGGCAAACCGAACCUGCUAAACAAGGUUCGCAUGCAAUCGGCAGUUGCCUUAGCGGUUGCUCGAGAUACUGGAAUGGCUUCUAGCCAAUGGCUGUGUGCGUCGACGAUUACCAACAACAUCUUGUUUGCAAUGGGCCCUGCGUAGUCGGCAUGCAGCCGUGACCACCUCUCUCGCGAAAUCGGCCAGCUAACGGGGUUCCGCGCAGGUGGCAUGGGCAGAGCCUGCACACAGCUUCGACAGUCUGAGACCAUUCUACAGAUGUCUCUAUCUAAACCUGGCCACCAAAAUCUAGCUCUCGCCCUUGUCUUCAUGGUAGACGCCCCCUGAUGAGACUCGUGCAGCAUCUUCAACAGUUUCCCACGCGCCUCCCUUGGUAUCACCACACGAUGGCCCCAGUACAACAGCCCCUUCUCUACAGACAAUUCGUGUCGUCUUUUCCAGAAUUCCGCCAUUUCUCUGCUGUCAUCUUCUACGACGGAGGGCCACCCUUCAGUCACGUACCUGCAUAUCGUCUGCAAAAAACCGUCAGCUGCUGUGAGUGCUUGAAUCUUCUGGUGGGAAACCGCUGACUGGUCCCAUUCGUCUAUGCUAAGCACCAUUUCCGACAGAUCUUCGGUUUCCGCUAGCGGCUCCUGCAGCGAUUGAGGCAAACGGCUUAGAGCAUCAGAAAUUAGCAUCUGUUUGCCAGGUUUACAGAUCAGCUUGUACUGGUAUGCCCCGAGCAAAAGCGCCCAGCGCUGAAUUCGGGCUGCAGCCAUGACAGAAGUUUGACGAUCCUGUCUGAGAAGGCCCAACAAGGGGCGGUGGUCCGUUACAAGCGUGAACUCCCGUCCCAACAGGUAAUCGCGGAACCGUGUCACGCCAAAUACCAGGGCUAAGGCCUCGCGCUCAAUUUGGGAGUAUUUUCUCUCUGCUGAGGUGAGCGUUCGUGAUCGGAAACCAAUUGGCCUGUCUUCACCAUUUAUUCGAUGGAAAAGGGCAGCACCGACACCGUAAGGUGACGCGUCGCAUUCCAACAUCAGCUCAAGCUGCGGAUUAAAGUACGUUAGCACUGGGGCUGAACACAAA